AUGGAAAACAAACGUCAAGUAAUAACAAUACACGUUGGACAAGCUGGCGUACAGAUGGGCAACGCCGUGUGGGAACUCUAUAAUGUCGAACAUGGAAUCGGAGAAGACGGACACGUUAAGUUGACUAGUUGUGACACAGAGAAUUCGACUUUCUACAAGGAAACCAACAACGGAAAGUUUAUGCCACGAACGGUGAUGGUCGACUUGGAACCGACGGUGAUAGACCAGAUAAGGACUGGCCGAAAUCGAACUUUAUUUCAUCCAAAUCAAUUGAUAUCCGGCAAAGAAGACGCAGCCAACAAUUACGCCCGCGGCUACUAUACGGAGGGACGGCCAUACGUGGACAAAGUAAUGGAGACAAUACGUAUGUUCACAGAAACAUGUGGCGGCGUCCAAGGGUUCAUCAUGUUCCACUCGAUGGGCGGCGGAACAGGAUCCGGUUUAACCGGCGCUCUAUCUGAAUGUCUGAAACAAGAAUAUUCUAAAAAGAGCAACCUCGAAGUACUUGUUUACCCAGCGCCUCGUGUGUCUACGGCCGUUGUCGAACCAUACAACUCCGUACUCGUGUCCCAUAAAACGCUGGACAUCACUGACUGUACAUUUAUGGUAGAUAACGAAGCGAUCUACGACAUAAGUGCGAACAAACUGGAAGUCGAACGGCCUACGUAUACAAACCUCAAUCGGAUCAUUAGUCAAGUGGUGUCUUCUAUUACAGCGUCUCUUCGGUUUCAGGGUUCGCUUAAUGUGGACAUCAAUGAAUUCCAAACAAAUCUAGUGCCAUUCCCUCGUAUUCAUUUUCCCUUGUUAGCGUACGCACCGUUUGUGUCUACUCAAAAGUCAGCUCACGAAUAUCCAUCUAUUAAAGAAAUAACGGCCAGCUGUUUUGAACAAGGUAAUCAACUGUUUCGGUUGGACAAUAAACAAAUGGCUACAGGUAGCAGUGGAAAGUACAUAGCUUGCUGUAUGUUAUAUCGGGGUGACGUUGUUCCUAAAGACAUCAACUAUGCCAUAGCACACCUAAAGAACACCAAACAUUUGGAGUUUGUAGACUGGUGCCCAACCGGAUUUAAAGUAGGAAUUAACUUUAGACGGCCGGCGUGUGUUGCCGGAGGAGACGAUAUGGUCGGUUGCGGUCGGGCGGUGUGUAUGAUGUCCAAUACGACGGAUGUUGAGGCAGCUUGGUCUAAUUUAUGCCAUAAAUUCGAUUUGAUGUUUCGCAAACGGGCAUUUAUUCAUUGGUAUGAAAGCGAAGGUAUGGAGAAAUCAGAGUUUCAAAACGCUAGGGAAGAUUUAGAGACGCUGCGGAACGAUUACAGGGAACUAGACCCUAGCAUUGUCAGCACCAGUCAACCAAAUUGUAACGAUUACGAAUUUUAAAAAUUGUAUAUAAAAUCAGAUAUUAAAUUUUA